AGACUCAGAUUCAGAUGCCAUAAAUUCAUCAUUCUUUAAAUACAAACACAGAAACAGAGGAAGAGAAAAACAGGGCGACUCGAUCUGUGCUCUAAUUGGCGGCUUGAUCUUGCAUUUUUCAUAAUUAUUGGUCUGGUGUGUGUAUAUAUAUAUGAUAACACAGUAAGUGGUUGGAUAAUGGCUGUUGAGGCUCCUGCCAAACGGGUUUAUGAUUUUAAUAAUGAUGAAGAAGAUGAUGAUGCACCUCUAACCUUUAAAAGAAGUCAUACCCAAUCCUCUAAGCAAAAUCAGUUAAAGCCAGAAGUAAAGAAGCCAGUAUCUCAAAGACCUGAUGAGCAGUCCGGGAAGCAGGCAUCUGGUAUACGAUCUCCUAAUGGUCAAAGCUCCAAUGUCCCAAAGACUAAGACAAAUCCAUCUUCCAAGGCAUCCCUGGUUAAAUCUCCUGUAGCAAGUCCAGCACCAUCAACUUCAUCUGCCAGGGCAUCACCAGUUAAAUCUCCUCUAUCGAGUCCAGCACCAUCAACGUCAUCUGCCAGGGCAUCACCAAUGAAGUCACCGGUGGUGAAUUCAAGGGCAUCAACUUCAUCGAGUUAUCAGCCGAAACAGGCAGUGAAACAUACUGCUGCUGUUAAGGAGGAGAAAAGCCCAAUUAAAGGUGAAAUUGAGCCAAAGAGUGAAGAGGAGGAUUCUGAAGAUGAUGUCCCUCUGAGUGCCAGGCUUAAAGUUAACUCUGGCACUUCUGCUCAAGUGACUGCACCAAAGACUAAGACAAAUCCAUCUCCCAAGGCAUCCCUGGUUAAAUCUCCUGUAGCAAGUCCAGCACCAUCAACUUCAUCCGCCAGGGCAUUGCCAGUUAAAUCUCCUCUAUCAAGUCCAGCACCAUUGACUUCAUCUGCCAGGGCAUCACCAAUGAAGUCAUCAGUGGUGAAUUCAAGGGCAUCAACUCCAUCGAGUGAUCAGCCAAAACAGGCAGUGAAACAUACUGCUGCUUUUAAGGAGGAGAAAAGCCCAAUUAAAGGUGAAAUUGAGCCAAAGAGUGAAGAGGAGGAUUCUGAAGACGAUGUCCCUCUGAGUGCCAGGCUUAAAGUUAACUCCGGUACUUCUGCUCAAGUGACCACACCAAGACUGGUGCCCAAGACUGAAAACAAAGGAUCUAAUGAAGAUUUGGAUGAUUCUGUUCCUCUUUCCUCAAGGUUCAACAUGAAAUCUAGUACUGGGACUUCAAGCAACAGACCUAAGGAUACUGAUGAGAAGAAACCAGUGGUCUCUAAAAUUCAGCAGAAUGGAUUCACUGUUAAGGACAGGCAACAAAAGUCAUCUGUUGUGUCAGGUAAGAGACCUCUUGAUAAGGGCAAUUCUGCAGACCAGUCUUCGGUUAAAAAGCUAAAGUUUUCAGAUGCAUCUACAACAUUGAAAGCAGAAGAGAAGGCUGAUGAUGAUGACCGCAUUCCAAUUGCCCAGAGAAUGAAAAAGUCUACUUCAUCGAAUCCUAAAUCAUCAUCUAUGAAGCAAAAUGCAACCAAGCUUACCUCUGCUUCAUUUAAAAAGACAAAUAAGAAGCCCAAGAAAGAGAUGAAAAAUUCAAAAUACAGUAAGUCAACAAAGGUUCCACCCAGCUCUGGUGAUGGGCAAAAAAAAUGGACUACUUUGGUUCAUAAUGGUGUUAUUUUCCCACCUCCCUACAAGCCUCACGGAGUUAAGAUGCUUUAUGCUGGGAAGUCAGUUGAUUUAACUCCUGUACAAGAGGAGGUUGCAACUAUGUUUGCUGUUAUGAAAGACACAGAUUACAUGAGCAAGCCACAGUUCAAGAAGAACUUCUGGGAUGAUUGGAGUAAAAUAUUGGGGAAAAACCAUGUCAUUAAGGAUUUGGAGAAAUGUGAUUUCACCCCAAUAUAUGAGUGGCAUAUGAAUGAGAAAGAGAAGAAGAAACAAAUGACUUCUGAGGAGAAGAAGGCACUUAAAGAAGAGAAGUUAAAGCAGGAGGAAAAGUACAUGUGGGCUAUUGUUGAUGGUGUUAAAGAAAAGGUUGGGAAUUUCCGAGUUGAGCCACCUGGUCUUUUCCGAGGCAGAGGAGAGCAUCCAAAGAUGGGAAAGUUAAAAAGGCGCAUCCGUCCAAAUGACAUCACAAUAAACAUUGGGAAGGAUGCUCCAAUUCCGGAAUGUCCAAUCCCUGGUGAAAGAUGGAAAGAUAUAAAGCAUGAUAAUACUGUUACAUGGUUAGCUUUCUGGAAUGAUCCAAUUAACCCAAAAGAAUUCAAGUAUGUAUUCCUGGCAGCUAGCAGUUCCUUGAAGGGGCAAAGUGACAAGGAGAAAUAUGAGAAAUCAAGGAUGCUGAAGGAUUACAUCAAGAACAUCAGAGCUGCAUAUACUAAGGACUUUACCAAUAAAGAUACCACAAAGAGGCAAAUAGCAGUUGCUACUUAUCUUAUUGAUAAACUAGCUCUUAGGGCGGGUAAUGAGAAGGAUGAUGAUGAAGCAGAUACUGUUGGUUGCUGCACACUUAAAGUAGGAAAUGUUGAGUGCAUCCCUCCAAAUAAGAUAAAGUUUGACUUCCUUGGUAAAGAUUCAAUUCAAUAUGUGAACACAGUUGAGGUUGAGCUUCCUGUUUACAAGGCUAUUGGCCAGUUUCAAACUGGAAAAAAACCAAAUGAGGAUCUUUUUGAUUUGCUGGAUACAAGCAAACUUAAUGCUCAUCUGAAAGAACUCAUGCCUGGCCUUACAGCAAAAGUCUUCCGCACAUAUAAUGCAUCCUUCACAUUGGAUGAAAAGUUGAAAGAAACCAAAGAUGGAGAUGUUGCAGAAAAAAUAGUUGUUUAUCAGCAUGCAAACAAGGAGGUUGCAAUCAUAUGUAAUCAUCAGCGAAGUAUUUCAAAAUCUCAUAGUGCACAGAUGUCAAGGUUGACAGAGAAAAUAGAAGAACUCAAGGGCGUCCUGAAAGGGCUAAAAAUUGAUUUGGACAGGGCUAAGAAAGGCAAACCGCCAUUAAAGGAUUCUGAUGGGAAACAGAAGAGGAACUUGACUCCUGAAGCCUUGGAGAAGAAGAUAGCCCAAACCAAUGCAAAGAUUGAGAAGAUGGAACGAGAUAUGCAGACCAAAGAGGAUCUAAAAACUGUGGCAUUAGGCACAUCCAAAAUCAAUUACCUUGACCCUAGGAUUACUGUUGCAUGGUGCAAGCGACAUGAAGUACCCAUUGAGAAGAUUUUCAACAAGUCUCUUCUGGCAAAGUUUGCUUGGGCAAUGGAUGUGGAUCCAGAUUUCAGAUUCUGAUAUCAACAAGUUAAUGGUUCUUUGGCUGGCACCCUGGCCAAAAGGAAAAAUUGGGAUAAAAGGGAGAAGGUAAAAGGGCCUUCCAUUUUUUCUGUUAUAGUAAUAUUCAAUUUCCAUAUCUUUCCCCCCAUAUUAGAGAGAAAUUCAUGUUGCAAGAUCUGAGCCAAUCUAAUCUAAUGAAGGGCGAAUUUGCUCAUUUCUUUUCAACUUAAUACUGUUGAGCAACACCAAUUGUUUGUUUGUAACCCUCGAAUAUCCACUAACAGUGAAAAUGCCAGAAAUAUACUGAAGAUGGAUUCAGAAAUAGAGUAGAUUCCAUUAAUUUGAUUACUUUGCCUCUCCAGUCGUUACAACAUUUUUGUUUGAUUUUGAUGUGUACCAAGUAUGAGGCAUUCUUUUAGUGUACAAUCAAUCUCUCUUCCUCUCCCCCCAUUAAUAUGUUAUUAGAGAUUUGAAUAUGUCAUAUUCAAAAUGUCAUAUCCAAAGUAAUUAGUCUCUCAUUUUUCUGUUCUGAAAUGUGAAGGAAGAAGAAUUGUGCUUGGAGGUGAGCUAGAUAGAAGUUGAAAUCAGGUUUUAACGCAUGUUAUUUCAUGAGAGGGAAAGUGAAGGAUGAGAAAGACCGUGAAUCAAUCCGUAAAUACGACAUAUAGUUUUUUUGUAGUUGUAUGUAUGUAGUAUAAGAACAUGGAUUUUAUUUAUCAUAAAGACUGCGUGACAGAGGACUAGACUAAAAACAUACAGUUAAG